AUGGACCGAACAACGGCCUCUGGGCCCGAUCUUUAUCUGAUCGCUGAUCAGGACACGGUUUAUGAGCAAGAUUUGCUUCGCGAUCCGCACAAUGUCAAACCGUGGCUUGCUUAUGUCGAAUAUAAGCAGCAACAUGGCACGCUCUAUGAGCAAGCUUUUGUAAUGGAGCGCGCGUGCAAACAACUCCCCAGGUCCUACAAACUAUGGAAGAUGUAUCUUGAAUUCCGUACGAACCAUUUACGAGGCCGGAACCCGACUGUGUACCGGGCCGAAUUUUUAAAAGUCAACGCGCUUUUCGAACGCGCCCUGAUCCUGCUCAACAAAAUGCCGCGGAUAUGGGAGAUGUAUCUCUCUUUCUUGCUCCAGCAGCCCCUCGUGACGCAGACCCGGAGGACCUUCGACCGUGCAUUGAGGGCCCUUCCCAUCACUCAACACAAUCGCAUUUGGAGACUCUACAAGCCGUUCGCUCGGUCUGCUUCCGGUCAAACCGCCGUCAAGAUUUGGUCUCGUUAUAUGCAAAUCCAUCCGGAGAAUGCUGAAGAGUACAUCGAGCUACUCGUCGAGAUGGGCCAGUACACGGAGGCCGUGAAGAGGUACAUGGAGAUCCUGGACAACCCCCGAUUCCAAUCGAAGGAAGGAAAGAGCAACUUCCAGCUGUGGACCGAGAUGGUGGACUUGCUAGUGUCGAAAGCAAAGCAGAUCGAAACCGGUUUACACGUUGGAAUCGAUGUGGACGCCAUCCUCCGCAGCGGCAUCGAACGGUUUGCUGAUCAGCGCGGUAAAUUGUGGGCUGGAUUGGCGACAUACUGGAUCACCAAGGGUAAUUUCGAGAAAGCGAGAGACGUCUUCGAAGAGGGUAUCGUCACCGUCAUGACGGUUCGAGAUUUCACGUUGAUCUUCGACUCCUAUGUUGAAUUCGAAGAGUCGAUUAUCGGGAACCUUAUGGAAUCGGCGGCAACCCGCGCUGACAACGGCCAGUCCGACGAGGAUGCGGAUUUCGAUCUUGACCUACGAAUGCUUCGAUUCGAACAAUUAAUGGACCGACGACCGUUCCUUGUUAACGACGUGCUACUCAGACAGAAUCCCAACAACGUCAUUGAAUGGGAAAAGAGGGUUGCAUUGUGGGGCGACAAUAAACACGAAAUCGUUCAGACCUACACGGCAGCUAUCGCGGCCAUUAACCCUAAAAAGGCCCAUGGCAAAUUCUCGGAAUUGUGGGUCAACUACGCCAAGUUUUACGAGUCUGGCGGCGAUUUUGAUACGGCCAGAAUCAUUCUUGAAAAGGCCGUCAAGGUUCCCUUCAAAUCCGUGGCUGAGCUCGCGGAGUUGUGGUGUGAGUGGGCGGAAAUGGAACUUCGGGGCGAGAACUUCGACAAGGCUGUUGAGGUGAUGGCCAAGGCAACGCAAGCACCGAAGAAAUCCACCGUCGACUACUUUGACGAAACGCUAUCGCCUCAGCAACGAGUUCACAAGAGUUGGAAACUAUGGAGCUUUUACGUCGAUCUCGUGGAAAGUGUUGCUUCGCUGGAAGAGACGAAGCAGGUGUACGAGAGGAUUUUCGAGCUGCGUAUCGCCACCCCUCAGACCGUUGUCAACUACGCCAACCUCCUGGAGGAAAACAAGUACUUCGAGGAUUCCUUCAAGGUCUACGAACGGGGCUUGGACCUGUUCAGCUAUCCCGUUGCGUUCGAAUUGUGGAACCUUUAUUUGACCAAGGCAGUCGACCGCAAGAUCGGAAUCGAGAGACUAAGGGAUCUUUUCGAACAGGCCCUGGAUGGAUGCCCCCCCAAGUUCGCCAAGCCUCUCUACCUGAUGUACGGCAACCUGGAAGAGGAACGUGGAUUGGCCCGACAUGCCAUGAGAAUCUACGAGCGUGCUACGCGCGCGGUAUCCGACGAAGAUAGAUUUGAGAUGUUCGAGUUCUACAUCACGAAGUCGGCCUCGAACUUCGGCUUGACCUCCACGAGACCUAUCUACGAGCGUGCCAUCGCGGCUCUGCCGGACCAGGAAGCCAAGGAGAUGUGCCUCAAGUUUGCCGAGAUGGAACGGAGACUCGGCGAAAUCGACCGGGCCCGUGCUAUCUACGGCCACGCCUCCCAAUUUUGCGAUCCUCGCACCAACGCCGGUUUCUGGCAGAAAUGGGAAGCGUUCGAAGUGCAACACGGAAACGAAGAUACUUUCAAGGAGAUGCUCCGCAUCAAGCGAAGCGUUCAAGCACAGUACAACACGGAUGUCAACUUCAUCGCCUCGCAAGCGAUUGCUCGCGGCCAGCAACAGCCGCAAGACGGCGACAAAGCAAACGAAGAUGGACAGGAUGGCGACGCAGGUGCCGCCGAGCGCGCUGACGCCAUGGCAGCCCUGGAACGACAAGCUCGUGCCCCUGUGGGCUUCGUUGCUGCCAGCACUGGGCCCGAAGGUGGCAACCGGCCUCCUCCCGCUGGUCAAGAACCGCCUGCUGCUCCGGUCAACCCGGACGCUAUUGACCUUGAUGAUGAUAUGGAUGCUGAAUAA